AUAAGGAAUCCGGCUGUUGCUGCGCGCGGACACACAGACAGACAAGGACGCUCCAGAGCCGCGAGCUGGGGACGACGCGAGCCCUCUUUGAUUUGCCGCUCCGUUAAAUCUUCACGUUCACCUGGGAGACUGUGUCACCUGGAGACGGGGAGGAUUUUACCGGGAGAAUAACUUUUUUUGAGGUAAAUCUGAGAAUUCCUGGAAUAACAAACGCAACAUUUUCAAAGAAGGAUUUCCACCUGUGCUAAUUAAAGAUGAGCAGAGGACCUCUCCUUUUGGAACAACGUGAGAAAACAACAGUCGGUGGACACAUUCGGGAUUUCUGAAGCCGUUUUACGCACCGGGAGCGCAGUCGGAACUAACGGACAGCUAACUCCUCUCUGAGUUUUCCCUCCUCUUUUAUCCCCCUCACCUUAUUUUAAUCGCUGCUGGACUGAUUUGAUAAAAUGCGUUUUGUCGACAUACCUUAGGACUUAUUAUCUCCGGGGUUUUGGGAUUGGUGAAUGCCCUGUGAACGCACCGAGCUCUGGACACUGACAGCAUGCAUCAAAGGGAUUCCUAACUUACUCAAGGUUCGUGUGAAUCUCUGGGUCGACUGAUGCAGCCAUGGGCCGAUUGCUGGAUCUUUGAGAGUGACCUUCCUCGCCCUCCUCCUGCACCACAUCCUUCUCCUCUCCCCCCGCCUCCCUCCUCUCUUCUUCCUCAGCUGGAAGUUGAGUCCUCUUAAUCAAGAAACUGGCAAUCAACCUAUGAUACCAUCUCCUUUUCUUCAUCUGCAAAUCAUGAUGAGCAUAGAUUGGAUUCCUGGCCAAACACGGUGGCCUCUCCCUGUGCUACUCUUCUACAUCGUCCCUCUGCUGCUAAUAGAGGGUCCGUGCCAGGCUGCCCCCUCAGGUCCAGAGUCCGACUCCUGUUCCACCUUAGUCCAGAGCCGCUUUUUUGGCUUCUUCCUGUCGUCAUCAGUGUUCCCCACCACGCCGUGUUCCUGGACCUUGCAGAACCCUGAUCCGCGGCGCUACACCAUCUUCCUCAAGGUUACCAAACCGACAGAGGACUGCAUACCGUCACAGCUUCGCACCUUUCAAUACGACUCCUUCCUGGAAACCACGCGUACCUACCUGGGCAUGGAGAGCUUUAACGAGGUGGUGAGGCUGUGUGAUGCCUCUGCCCCUGUGGCCUUCCUGGAAGCCGGGAAACAGUUCCUCCAAAUGAGGAAGGGACUCCCGCGGGCAGGCACCCCCCACACCGAGGGCAACGGGGACUUCAAAACGGAGUUCCUCGUGGUGGGGAAGCGCAACCCAAGCAUGGCGGCCUGUCAGAUGCUGUGUCAGUGGCUGGAGGACUGUCUGGCCUCCAGCACGUCGAACAGGCCCUGUGGCAUCAUGCAGACUCCGUGUUUGUGCUGGGAGCCGCCGCCGCAGCUCAGCGAGGGGGAUAGCUGUUAUCACAAUGGAGUUUACCUGGAAAACUGUUUACCCAGCGUGAGAGAGACGGGGAAAGACGCUGAGAUCAACGGUGGCUGGAGUGUGUGGGGUCUGUGGGCACACUGCAGCAGCGAGUGCGGAGGUGGGAUCCAGAUCCGGACUCGGACGUGUCGGUCUCCCCCAGAGGACUCGUACCUGUGUGAGGGCGUGGUGGAGGAGGGCCGGCCCUGCAACUCACAGGCCUGCACGGGCAAAGGUCGCCAUCUCUCUCGCAGCCAAUCGCUUCGCUCGGUGGACAGUCGCAAGCGUGAUGACGUAGACAAGCCCCGCAGCGGACCUCAGAGCCCUCAGACAGUAGACUCAGCUUCAGGUGAGGAGUGGUCAGCGUGGAGUGUGUGUUCUGCCACGUGUGGGGAGGGCUGGCAGAGUCGCACUCGUUUCUGUGUGUCCUCCUCCUACAGCACCCAGUGUAGUGGGCCACUGAGAGAGCAGAGACCGUGCAACAACUCUGCUGUUUGUCCAGCCGCUCUGAUUGCAGUGCAUGGCGCUUGGGACGAGUGGUCUCCGUGGAGUUUGUGUUCCUCGACCUGUGGCCGAGGUUACAGGUCCCGAACACGAAGCUGCACCCCUCCUCAGUUUGGGGGAGAUCCCUGUGAGGGACCAGAGAAACAGACCAAAUUCUGCAACAUCGCUGUCUGUCCAGUGGAUGGAGUGUGGAACGAGUGGUCCAGCUGGAGCUCCUGUUCAGCCUCUUGCUCUAAUGGGACCAUGCAGAGAACCAGGGAGUGUAACGGGCCCUCGUACGGGGGCUCCGAGUGCAGAGGAGAGUGGCUGGAGACUGUGGACUGCUUCCUUGGGGAGUGUCCAGUGGAUGGAAAGUGGCAGCCGUGGUCUUUGUGGUCCGGCUGCUCGAAAACCUGUGGAGGAGGGAGCCAGCAGAGGAACAGGAUUUGUUAUGGGCCCUUUUUUGGGGGCCAGCCUUGUCCUGGGGACCGAGAAGAGGUGCGACAAUGCAAUGAAAAGCGAUGUCCAGAACCUCAUGAAAUAUGCAGCGAGGACAACUUCUCCAACGUGGUGUGGAAGAUGACUCCAGCAGGGGACACGGCCGCAGUGCGCUGUCCUCCAAACGCCAUGGGGCUCAUCCUGCGCCGCUGCACCCUGGAUGAGGAGGGCCUCGCCUUCUGGGAGAAUCCCACCUACAUGAAAUGCAUCUCGAAUGAUUAUCGCAGUAUACAAACUUUGACUCGGGAGCACUUAUCCAAAGCACAGCGUGGCCUUGUGGGAGAUGGAGUUUCGGAGGUGAUGACCAAGCUGCGAGUGACGUCCAGCGACGGGACCAGCUACAGCGGGGAUCUGCUGGCCAUUGUGGACGUGCUGAAGAAUAUGACGGAGAUCUUCAGGAGGGCAUACUACAGCCCCAGUGGAGCAGACAUGAGGAACUUUGUGCAGUCAGUCAGCAAUCUGUUGAUGGAGGAGAACAGAGAGCGAUGGGAGGAGGCACAACUGCUGGGGCCCAAUGUCAAAGAGCUCUUCCGCCUGGUGGAGGACUUUGUGGAUGUCAUCGGCCUGCGAAUGAAAGACUUCCAGGACAUGUAUGAAGUCACAGAUAACCUAGUGUUGAGCAUCCACAAGCGUCCGGUGCUUGGUCACGCAGACAUCAGCUUCCCCAUGAAGGGCUGGAGGGGAAUGGUGGACUGGGCCCGCAGCUCUGAGGACCGGGUCACCAUCCCCAAGAACAUCCUGUCGACUGGCAAACCAGAUACAGAUGAGUCCUCCACGUUUGUGACGGGCAUCGUUCUGUACAGAAACCUUGGCAGCAUUCUGAACUUGCAGAGAAACAGCACGGUGCUGAACUCCAAAGUGUUGUCAGUGACCAUCAAGCCCACCCCUGCCUCCCUCUCUGCUCCUGUUAUAGUCGAGUUCUCUCACCUGUAUAACGGCACCACCAACCAGACCUGCAUAUCCUGGGAUGAGAGCGACAGCUCCUCUCUGCUGGGAUCCUGGUCUGCCAGGGGCUGCAAAGCCGUGCUAGUCGACUCGUUCAGAACCAAAUGCGUGUGUGACAGACUGUCCACCUUCGCCAUUUUAGCACGGCUAAAUCCCGAAAUGAACAUGGACAAGACACAGCUGCCGUCGGUGACGCUGAUCGUGGGCUGUGGAGUUUCUUCACUCACGUUGUUGCUGCUCAUAAUCAUCUACGUGUCGGUCUGGAGGUAUAUUCGGUCGGAGCGUUCAGUCAUCCUCAUUAACUUCUGCCUCUCCAUCAUCUCCUCCAACGCCUUGAUCCUCAUCGGACAGACUCAGACACGGAAUAAGAUCUUAUGCACUCUGAUCGCCGCAUUCCUUCACUUCUUCUUCCUGUCUUCGUUCUGCUGGGUGCUGACGGAGGCGUGGCAGUCCUACAUGGCGGUGACGGGCCGCCUCAGGAAUCGCAUCAUACGCAAGCGCUUCCUGUGUCUGGGCUGGGGUCUCCCUGCGCUGGUGGUGGCGAUCUCAGUGGGGUUCACUAAAGCAAAGGGAUACGGGACACCGAGCUACUGCUGGCUCUCUCUGGAAGGAGGUCUCCUCUAUGCAUUUGUUGGACCUGCUGCAGCUGUUGUCUUGGUUAACAUGGUUAUUGGGAUUCUCGUUUUUAACAAACUGGUGUCCAAAGACGGCAUUACUGAUAUGAAACUAAAGGAGAGGGCGGGUCAGAUGACAGUGCCACUGUACAAUAUGACGCUCAAAUGUGCCAAGUGCGGAGUUAUCUCUUCGGCUGACGUUUCCACCACAGCUACCAGUAACGCCAUGGCGUCACUGUGGAGCUCCUGCGUGGUUCUACCCCUCCUGGCUCUCACGUGGAUGUCGGCCGUCCUCGCCAUCACAGACCGGCGCUCUGCACUCUUCCAGAUCCUCUUUGCAGUCUUUGACUCGCUGGAAGGCUUCGUCAUCGUCAUGGUGCACUGCAUCCUGCGCAGAGAGGUUCAGGAAGCAGUCAAGUGCCGUGUGGUGGACCGGCAGGAGGACGCCAACGGAGAUUCAGGAGGAUCUUUCCAGAAUGGCCACGCUCAGCUCAUGACUGACUUUGAGAAAGACGUGGAUAUGGCUUGCAGAUCAGGCACCGUGAAGCGCUCCUCUCUCCAGGGGGAAGAGAAGGCUUCCUCUGGGACCCUCACCCUUCAGAAGGGUUCUAACUUCAACACCAUGCCAGCCAGCAUGGCCAAGGUUCACCUCCAGAAUGUGGCCGACUACACCAGUCACACCCUCACUCUGCGCAGGGAGAAAGGCGCCGCAAAGGGAAUCAGCACUGAGCUCCCCGGAGCCAAAUCCAUCUACAUCUGUGAUGGUGAGCUCUUCAAGCAGCUGGACGGCGAGCUGCCACGAGGGAACGGCGAAGGCAGCAGUUCUGACGCUGCCGCCAAAGGCCCUGGUUAUGUCAUUCUACCGACAAACAACACGGGCACAAUAAAAGCAUCUAAGGGGAAAGACGAUCCAGCCAAGUACAACAUCAACAUCGAGCAGCUGCCGCAGACCAGACUCAUCCACCUGGCGAACCCCAUCAGCGGAGAACCAGUGCCUGGAUUCGGGCUGAAGAGCCUCCCUGCUGACCAGAUCAGCGUAUCAUGCUCUGACAGAGACUCACCUGCACACAACCUGCAGAACAUGCCCAGAGACGCACAGGCAAUCAACAGCGUGUGCGAUAUAGGAGACUCUGGUAACUCUGGUGUGAUGUCCAAGAGUGAGACCAUCUCCACUCUGUCCAUGAGCUCCCUGGAGAGACGAAAAUCACGCUAUGCAGAGCUUGACUUUGAGAAGAUAAUGCACACCAGGAAACGCCACCAGGACAUGUUUCAGGACCUGAACAGGAAGAUUCACAGUGCAGACAAGGAUAGAGAGUCUCCACCUGUUGAUGCCAAAGCUGCCAAACGAUGGAGCGUGUCCUCCGCCAGCAGCGACAAGACCAACAUGAGUGACAAGCAGCAGACCCCGAGUAAGAGGGCGUGGGAGGGCAUCAGGAAGACCCACUCCCCUCCCUCCUGGGUGAGGAAGGACCUGGAGACGGUGGCGGCGUCCCCUCUGGAGUUGCAGACGGUGGAGUGGGAGAAGAACAGCGCGACCAUCCCUCUGGUAGGCCAGGAGAUCAUGGACCUGCAGACGGAGGUGUGACCCACAUCUUCCGAAUUCAAACCCACAACCUCCAGUUUUAUCCAGACAAGCAGAUACACCACACACACUGCCCUGCUCUGUACCUCUACCCAAAGGCUGGAUGAAGCCCACUGCAAGAACGAGAGGGGGGACGGAGGGAGGAGGAGAGAGAAGAGUCAAAAUAUCAGAGAAUUAAUUCAUUCGUUAAAAAAGAGAGCGGGAACACAGCGUCUCUAUGUGUUGUUUUUUUUUUUUUCGAUGUGCGGACGCUGUUUCUGUCUGCUGGUCAUCUCUUUCUGUGUGACCUCAGCUCACGAGGGAGACGGAGUUAGCUACUAUAUGUGCAUCAUAUAGUCUUAUAAUAAACAGCAUAGCAAUGGUAAUCAUGCAAUGUUUACCCCUGAAUUCAAAGAUGUAAUAAUCCUCAUCAUGUCUUUUCUUUCUUUCUGUUUUUAACCGUGGAGAGUCGUUGCCUCACUGUUCUGCUCUCUCUCUCUCUCUCCUGAUGAACGCUGAUGUUGUACACAUCUCCAGACGCCUCCGGACUUAUUUUUUUUCUUCAAUAUCAAUCUCAAAAAGGGAAAACAACAAGCGUUUCAGGAGGCAGACUGCCAAAACAUACACCCAUGUGCCCCAAGAAUGCCGUUCCCUCCCCCUUUCACCCGCCCAAUCCUGCUGGCUCUUCAUCCCCUGUGAUCCUGGUGGAGCAAAGUCGGCCAAACGGUGACAAGGAAGGCGUCACCACGAGCCAAAACGGCACCGAUGGACACCUCAGAGACGCCAGAGAGCGGGCUGGCAGGUUUCACCCCCUCGCCAGCUCUCCACCUCAUGGACGAUCGCGUCGGUGCGUCCAAAAGGAGCCAUGUUCACACUGUUUGGAUGUACAAGCAGGCUUGGUACAGUAAAUGCAAAACAUGAUCAUAGAUGCUUAGGAAGAGGGUUCUUGUGUGUGUAUGUGUGUGUCGCGUCACGGAAGAUGAGUAAAUGACUAGAUCUAUAAAUAUAUAUGGUAUGACGAUGAUCCUGAGGUCAUCAGAGGGUUGCACACAGAGAAAGCACAAGGCUCACUUGGAGUCCUGAUGUACAGCAUUGUAAUUAUUUCAACAGAGUUCUACAGAAUGGAUUUUAGCCUAUAAAUAUCUUUCUUACUGUGCUUGGGGAUAGUUGUUCUCAUUAUUAUUAAUAUGAACAUGAUUAUUCUGAUACUGAUCCUCCCAUCCCCUCCCCCCUGUCCUUUCAGGGUACUGGACUAUACGAGUGUUCUGUAUCGCAAUGUAACAGUGUGUGUUUUGAUAUCACCGCCAGUCACUCCCUCAGAUCUGUAUUUGUCGAAACCCUGACCUCUGACCCCUCUGAUCCUCGCCUGCCCUGCUACACACAUCCCUCCCUGCCCUCCUCACUCCCCUUUUUAUUUUACUGGGGUCGCCUCUUUGUUAAUGUACAGUUUUCAGAGCACAAAAUGAAUGUGUCUUAUUUCUAAUAAAAGCAUAUAAGCAUAUAAUAAAGC